AUGGGUGGGCCCUCGCACGCGACGCCGGAAAAUGAUCCUCCGCCGGUUUCUUAUGCACCACCGCCACCGCCAGUGGGUUUCGACAACCCGAUACCGACUUACCCAGGUUCUUCUGGGUACAAGCCUUUUGAAUACCCAACUUCUGUGGGUUAUGGAACUCAUGACCCAUACCUUACUGCAGCUCAAUACAAUGCACUUUAUCCUUCUUCUUAUCCUCCAGUUUAUCCAACUGGAUAUCUAGUGCAAGGGUACCAAUACCCACCUUACCAGCAACCUCCUCCUCCCCAACAGGUGCAAACUGAAGAAAUUAUGGAAAGGUUGGACAGGGUUGAGCGUAAAGCAGAUGAAAGUAAUAAGAAGCACAACAGCUUUCUCAAGGGCCUUGCAAGUCUCAUCAAAGGCAAAACGAAAUAG